CCCCAUACAUUUCUCCACCGACUCUCCACAGGUUUGUUUGUUAAUGUCUCCAUAUCGUUGUGUAUAUAUGCGUCUUGGUUUUAGCUAACACCAUAUUUGAUGUAGAGAUCUCAAGCAAUUCGAAGAGAGACAAGGAUGUACCAGUUUGGUUCCCAUGGCCGGGGGGUUGGAGCAGCAGGAGCUUUUGGUGGCUCAUCUCACACUGCCACCACGAGCUACCCGGACUUACCACCACCCGUGGAAGACAACAAGGGCAGCAACAGCAGCGACCUGGAAGAGAAGAUGAGACUCCCGGGCUUCUCCCAUGACGACCAGACCAUCAACGACGCUUCCAUGGGACUGGAGCUCGACCUCCACCACCAGUUCGACCUCGAGGCCAAGCAAGAGAUCUCCACCCAUCUGAUGCAAGCCGGCGGCUACCCCCAGUGCUUUGAUCCCGCCACCAUUUCCUACUCGGCGGCGUUUGGGAUGCCGGCCGAUGUGUUCUUCGCUGAGCUGCCGCCCGACGGGUUGUACGACCCGGCGGUCCAUUACGGUCCGUCCAAUCCGCCAUUUAUGGUGAGAGAAGUGCUCGGCUCGUUUCCGCAUGCCGCUGGGUUCUUUGCGGCUGGAUCAAGAGGCAGCGGGGAGUCUUAUGUUAUUGGGACCGAGGACGGGCGUGGAGGGCAGCUUCUCGAGAGCCCACAUGUGCGCAACAAGCGGCAGCAGGGAGCUCCGUGGGGGAUGAAACAGGGCGGGCUGAAGAACGAGAAGCAAAGAAGAGAGAGGCUCGGCAAGAAGUUUGAAGACCUGAAAUCACUGAUCCCAAACUCGACUAAACCCGACAGAGCCUCCAUCGUCGCCGACACAAUCGAGUACAUCAACGAGCUGCUGAGGACAGUCGACGAGCUCAAGAUACUGGUGGAAAAGAAGCGACGUUGGAGGGAGAGGGCCAGGAAGACGGCGACUGGAGACCAAGCAGCUGGCGACAUGGAGAGUUCCUCCAUCACGCCUCCCAUGGACGACGCCGACCGUGCAUCCAAGGGCGUGCUGCGGAGCUCGUGGCUCCAAAGGAGAUCCAAGGACACGUUCGUGGACGUCCGCAUCGUCGACGACGAAGCCAACAUCAAACUCACUCGGCGUAAGAUGAUGAACUGCAUGCUUAUCGUCGCGAAGGUCCUCGACGAACUCCACCUCGAGCUGCUGCAUUUGUCUGGAGGAAACGUAGGAUACUCUCACAUCUUCAUGAUCAACACCAAGGUCAGUGUCACACUCUCCCAAGUACUCUCCAUGCCUUCUUCUUGUGUUUGAGGCCUAACAAAGGACAAGUUGGUGUUGUUGCAGAUUCAUGA